AUGUGCCCCAAUGGCAAAUGUGGCGACGUCGAGCAGAACAAGUCAAACGACUGUACGUCUUUGGAGACGGCGAGUUUGUGCACUAUGGUUGUGAGUAGUUUUGUACCAGCCGGUACAACAGGGUGGUCAACGACAACGAGAACACACUGUGAAAUCACAGAGGCGUGUACCGUGACAGAUAGUACUACCACCACAACUGUUACCACGAGCGUGUCAUAUCCCGAAGAGAUGGCAGCUUUCGUUGAUUCCAGUUUUCAACUUGCCGAUGAUGCUGCCUUGAAAGCCGCGUCGAGCUUAAUCGUCAGUUUACAGAACGAGUGGGAUGCGACGCGCUGGGGUUCUAUGACUGCUCUAAGUACCACCGACGACUCGCUCCGCAAUGCGUUACAAGCAGCCUGGUAAAUUGCAAGUGGAUCUAUCAAUAUGUCGAUGUAGCGGACUGUCCAACUACAACAUCAUUACUGCCUGCCAGCUGCACCAACAGCCCGCCAAAAACUUCAACCAAUCGUCCUCCAGCAACAACGACUUCCCCUCCACCUCCAACAACCACUACUCUAAAUUUGUGCUAUUUCGCGCAAUAUUAUUGUGGCUCUAUAGAAUGCGACUCCUUCGACC